AGAAGAUUCUAUAUAUCUUCAAAUCUAAAUUCAAACAUUAUUACGAAACACUAACCACAUGCAACGAUGACAAAGUUAAUAUUAUAUAUCUGUCAUGUAUUGUGGAUAAUGAGUUAUAUCAAGGGAGAUCCUGUCACGGGAAAGCUACCAUCAGAUAGAUUGCGAUACGAUAGAAGCAAGGCUAUAGGGCCUCUUUCAAGGAGCGGAACAGUUGAGCGAGUACCAAGAAAAUUAGAUAAGAGUGUUAAAGAUACAGGAAUACCAAAUAAUCACGUAGAUCUGGGUAAACAAUCUCAAGAAACAAACGAACCAAAGGUGCAAAAAACAAAACCUUUGAUACAAGUAACACGCCCAGAUGCCAAAGACAGUAUUAUUCCUCAAUGUAAAGUCAAGAUGAUUUAUCCAUAUGAUAAAUCUCCGACUAUUGAGGUUAAAGGAAUAAAAGGAUUGUUCAACUCCAUUUUGGUUGGCUACAACAAACCUGAUUCUACGAUACGUGAAAAUAAAGGAGGUUUGUUUGGCUGGAGUACUACUGUAGACGGUGAUUCAGGCAUUAAAGUAGCAUUUACGUUCAACCUGAAUUACAUACCAGUGACUCCAAUAUCACAACCUACCUCUUACUGCGCUCUUAUCAUACAACCACCAUAUGAAAUUACAUCGAAAGUAAUACAAGCAUUUAAGUCCCCCCCGAGAGACAUCCGGCGUUCAAUAAAAUCCAUCGAAAGUUUUGAGCAGUUUUUAAAAGAUCAAGGCAAUCAUGUGAUAACAUCAUGUUGCUUUGUAGUUCACCCCAAGGUUCCGGUUCCUGAGAAGACGCCAAGAGCAUGAUAAACGGAU